AUGAGCACCGUCGAAACAUCAGGCAACGUCCCUAGCGAUGCACCAGCACACUGCCCAGGCACGCAAAGCGAGGAUGCUGGAAAGGCUUCGGCAUGCGCUGGUUGUCCGAAUCAGCAGCUGUGUGCUACCGGACCGAAAGGUCCCGACCCGGCGAUUGCACUGGUGAAAGAGAAGCUUUCCGACGUACGUAACAAACUACUGGUGCUAUCAGGCAAGGGUGGCGUUGGUAAGAGCACCGUCACUGCAUUGCUUUCUCGCGCCAUGGCUCAUCGAAACCCGGACCAGAAUUUCGGUGUGCUCGACAUCGACAUCUGUGGGCCGUCUCAGCCCCGUGUUCUCGGAGUGAUUGGCGAGCAAGUGCAUCAGUCCGGUUCAGGCUGGUCGCCGGUUUACAUCGAAGACAACCUGAGCCUAAUGUCGAUUGGUUUCCUGCUUGGCAGCCCGGAUGAUGCCAUCAUCUGGCGUGGGCCGAAAAAGAACGGCAUGAUUCGGCAGUUUUUGACCGAGGUUGAUUGGGGACAGCUGGAUUUUCUUCUGCUGGAUACACCACCCGGCACGUCCGAUGAGCAUCUGUCAGCCACGACGUUCCUCAAGGGAACAGACGGAUCCUGGGGAGCGAUUCUUGUGACCACCCCGCAAGAGGUGGCACUGCUGGAUGUUCGAAAGGAGAUUUCGUUCUGCAAAAAACUCGCCAUUCCUGUGGUUGGCGUUAUCGAGAAUAUGACUGGGUUCGUGUGCCCAAAGUGCACCACGGAGACGAGAAUUUUUCCCGCUCGAACCGGUGGCGCCGAACAGAUGUGCACGGAAAUGGAGGUUCCCUAUCUUGGACAGCUUCCCCUCGAUCCACGUCUGACAAAAUGUUGUGACGAAGGAAAGGACUUUAUUACCGAAUUUUCCACCAGCCCUGCAGUCAAAGCCCUGGAUGAAAUUGUUACAAAAGUACGACGGUUUUUCGGAGAGGAACAAAGCGAACAAUAA